AACCAGCUGAAAUCAUCAUGUUGACGCUACUUAUAUUACUGGUUAUCUUUAUUGGCCUUGUCUAUGUCUGGCUGCAUCAGUUUUAUGCCUAUUGGCGUCGGCGCGGUGUAGCAGGUGAAAAGCCCAUCUUUGGCUUGGGUAAUAUGCGAGGCUUCGCACGAACUUUACACUGGACGGAUAUCAAUCAACGCAUCUAUCGCCAGUUCAGUACUCAGGAACGCUUCUGUGGCUAUUUUACAUUCUUUAGCAAAGCGCUCUUUGUGAUGGAUUUGGAUUUGAUUCGGAGGAUCAUGAUCACAGACUUUAAGUCUUUUGCGGAUCGUGGACUUUUUCACAAUGUUCGCGAUGAUCCUCUAACUGGAAAUCUGCUAUUUCUGGAUGGGGAACAGUGGCGUUGGCUACGACAACACCUCACACCGGUAUUUAGUUCGGGUAAAAUGAAAUUCAUGUUUCCCACAAUCGUAAAAGUGGGAGAACAACUGUCGCGUACAGCAGAACAGUCGCUGGGUGAAUUCGAGGCAAAGGAUCUUUGUGCUAGAUUCACUACCGAUGUCAUCGGCAGCUGCGCCUUUGGACUGGAAUGCAACAGUCUCUCAAAUCCCAAUUCAGAGUUCCGCCAAAUGGGUCGUUUGGUGACUGAGAAACCACUUCACAACACCUUUGUCCAGGCGUUUAUGUUUGCUCAGCCGAGUCUGGCUCGUCGCUUGCGUCUGCGUCUCUUUCGGCCCGAGGUAAGCAGCUUCUUUAUAGAAACCGUGCGUCAGACCCUAGAGUAUAGGAAACGCGAGCACAUUAAACGCAAUGAUCUUAUUCAACUGCUCAUGGAGCUAGCCAGUGAGGCUGGGCUUAGUUUCGAGCAAAUUGCGGCCCAGGCAAUGGUAUUUUUCCUGGCUGGAUUCGAUACCUCUUCGACCACGAUGUCCUUUUGCCUGUACGAGUUGGCGCUUAAUCCCGAAAUCCAGCAGCAACUGCGUCUGGAGAUUAAUGCCACAUUGGAGCGAUACAAUCAACAACUUAGCUACGAGUGUUUGCAAGAGAUGACUUACCUCAGUCAGGUGGUCGACGAAACAUUGCGCAAAUAUCCCAUUUUGCCACACAUUCUACGACGCUCGACCAGCAGCUACAAAGUACCGGAUAGCGAUCUUGUUCUAGAACCAGAAACGAGAAUAAUGAUACCAGUGCACAGCAUCCACCACGAUCCGAAACUUUAUCCCGAUCCCGAACGUUUCGAUCCAAAGCGUUUUGAUCCCGAUGCAAUCAAGACACGACAUCCAUUCGCCUAUUUACCUUUCGGACAUGGACCCCGUAUUUGCAUUGGCGAAAGAUUUGGCCUGAUGCAAGUUAAAAUUGGCAUUGUAAUGUUGCUGCGUCAUUAUCAUUUUGACGUCACCCCACAAACUCAAAUUCCACUACAAUUCUAUAAACGCAAUUUUCUGAUUGCUACCGAGUCAGGCAUUCACCUAAAAAUGAAGCGUCUCUGAUGGCAUCUAAUCGGAAUAAGCGAGUGUGUUCCACAGAAUUGUUACUAUAGGUCGGGGUCGCUGCUUUAAGAUAAACAAUUUAAUAGCAGCAAUAAAAACUGUUCAUGCCUAACCUACACGAAACUACGCACUCAAAAAAAUCAACAUCACAAGUAAAAAAGCUUGAAAUAAGCUCAUAAAUUGAAAGCUCAAAUUGUUAUUAUCGCCGUCUGUUUAUAUCUGAAAUUAUUCUCAGAUUCUCUCUGUCUAUGUCAUUCUCUGUGUUCUCAUUCUGUUUGUUUGAGUUGAUCAACAAUAACAAUAUAGUGAACGUGUAUGUAAAUGUUGUAUACCCUUCUUUGUAAUUUGAAAAUAAAUGUGAUAUUUGUAAA